GGAUUGCCCGCGUUGCUUUCCACCUGCACCGCCGCCGCAUUUUCCUUCCUGAGCACGCAAUUCCUUCGUGGGGCGAUUUCCUUCCUGGGUGCGCAAUUCCUUCCUGGGCACCUUCUUGCAUCCCAUCCUAGGAUCCUAGCGAAUCCCUAGCCCUAGCCGAUGAGAUGCCGUCGUAGCGCAGGAAGCAGGACUAGCCGCACCAGUCCCGCGCGUUCGCCUGGCCCCGGCGGCGUCCACCGUGAGAGACCUCUGGUGGCCGGGACGUCGCCACCCCACCAGCUGCUGCGCCGUCCCCGCCUUGCCGAGCGGAGGUGGCCGGCGGUAGGUGCGACGCGGAGGGCGUUGUCGGAGGACGGGAACAUCCUGGCGAUCCCCGUGGCACCUACCUUCGCCCGCCGUCUCUGCUCGUCGAUCGCGCCCUCGCCCUCGCCCAGCGCACGCCGUUCGCAGCCAUCCCACUGUGUCCGGCUCCGGUCUCCCCGACGGAUCGCUGGCCUCCCAGGGAGGCUGCUGCAGCUGCAGGGAACGCCAUCCGUAGCUGCAGGGGACCCCGCGAGAAGGACCGGACGCGCCCCCGCCACUGGAGCUCGAGAACAGGUCGUGAGGACAUCGACAAUGCUCAUCCUCACGACAUCCCAGGAUCACAACCACCUUGUCUUGUGAAUGCCAUAUGUUCGAUGAAAUGCACCAGUGAGAUGUUAAAUGAUAGAAGCCAAUUGCGAUUGGAGUAGAGAAAAAGAAGGAUAUACAGGAGUAUUUUCAGACAGCAAGGAACCCACAUCUGAUUCAAAGGUACACUCUGCAGAAACCUCCGUUUAGAUUUCAAUGACCAUUUGUAAUUGUUUCAUAUAUCCUCUAAUUUUGUAUGUGCCUCUGAAUUAAAAGGUGGGAGAUUUGGCUAAAUUAGUGAUGAUUAGAUUUGGCAGUUAAGAAUCUUAUGAUGUUGUUCGAUCCGAGGAAGUAACUAUGAAACAGCGACAACCAUUUUGUUAGUUCAAAAAAUAAAACCAAAUUCUAAGUGCCAAGCAACAGGUCCGCAACUCCGACCACUUGUUCACAUACUCCCUGCAUAUUGGCAAUGGCUCUCCGUGCCUAGGAAGCCAGUGGAGUUAGCUAGCCUGACAUGGCCAGUGCAAAAGUAAAGUGAUGCAUCAAAGAGAGAUUCCGCUCAAUCCUCAUGAGAUUGAAGUUCCCCAGCAGAAACAUCAAAAGAAGAAUAGCCUUUUCCAUAUUGUUGCGAGGAGUUGUUCCAUUCCUUUGCAAUGCUCCACGCCUGAAGCAGUUAUCACACUGAAUGAACCCAAUGAAACUCGGGUUCCAACAUCCGUAUACCAAGGGCUGUUUGGAUGGAGCAUGGCAGAGUCUUGAUCAGACAAUAAAACUACAAGGUCUUGAUCAGACAAUAAAACUAAACAACAGGUGUGUGGAGGAGGAAGGUGCAGGGUUUUCAAUAGAGAGGGCUGUACGGCAAUCUCUUUACUGGCCUGAUGGAACAAUUAGGAAGCGUACAAAAUCAUAUAUAGCCAAGAAAUCUCAUAAUCAAAGGUGCCUAAUUGCUCAAGCUUUAGUGGACAAGUAUAAUGAGGAUUACAAUCUUUUGAAGGAUGAUGCCUACAAACUCAAAGAUGUUUUGAACUGCUCAUCAAUUUGUGAGAAACGGAGUUUGUACUAUCAUCUCAACUUCACUACAAGUAAAGUGGCUAGUCCAAAAAAUUGUAGCAUGGACAAUCUUAACUUUGCGGAGGUCAAACAUAUGCCACAAGGACAACAUGUAGAACUGCUGAUCACCUGUUUCUGCACGGUUAAUCCUAAUGACAAUGGUCAGCACUGCUAUGGUUGCACCAAUCGCGGACAUGCUGAUAUGAAGCACCCUGACAGUUCUGUUGAAUACAUUGCUGGUCACUUGGAUGUGGGCUUGCCAUGUGACGGCUUCGCAAAGUGGAGUGACUCUGACAGUGAUGAUGUUAAAUAUGUGAAAGCUAGGGAAGCUGUGUUAAGGCGCCAGUACAAGGAUGAUCAGGAACGUGUUAUUAAGAGACUAAUGACGCUCCCUCCGGGUGUAACUAUUGUUGAUGGCUAAGAAGAGUGCUGGAGUGAAACAUCAGACACUUUCUUGUGACUAAAUAUAUAUUUCGCCAACGGCAGACCUCCCUAAUGAAGACCAUAAUGAUCGCCCAACACAACGACGGCGACUCAACACUGGAAGAGAUGACUAAGUACCUGGUAAGGAUUUGAGCGAUGGAUUGCGCAUAAUUAGCUCAGAUGAGGAGACUUUAGUCAUGAAGCAAGUGUCAAAUAGAGUGAAAAAUUUUGUGCUGUAUUAUGAUCAUCACAACCAUGUAUCCAAUAGUAACUGGAAAGAUACAGUUGUGAACCCUGUUUCCUCAUUGCCUAAGGUGUUAAACCCUAAAAAAGUAGAGCACAUUCCCAUGAGAUUUGAUGAGAGGCUACCUUCAUUCUACAAUAACAUACAGAGCAGUAGUGGAGGUGAUAUAGGGGUAGGAUCAGAGGCUGGUAUUGAGGAUGAUGAUACUGAAAAUUCAGACUUUGUUGACUCAGAAUAUGAGGUACAAAAUGAUGAUGAUGACCUAUUCUAUGACAAUGUGGAUGAAACAGUUAUCGAUAAUGGUGUUGGCAGGGGCAAGAAUAUCUCCAAGGGAAAGAAGAGUGGUAUAAUAAGGUACAAUGUGAUGGAGUCAGACACUACACAAAGAGAUUGGGAUCAGCUAUCUACUGAUGAUGAAGAGCUAGAGUUGCCUGAAUCAGAUAGAGAAGCUGAGGUUGGCAAGAAUUUGAAAUCAUUCAGACCUGAGGAUGUCAACAACCCAAUUUUCAAGAUUGGGAUGAAGUUUCCUUCAGUAGAGGUUCUGAGAAAGGCUAUUAAUGUACAUCCAAUGUAAACUUUUUGGCUUUUAUGACGCUUUUUCAAGCACAUAAAUAAAACUAUCAGAGUGUAAUAGCCAAGAGAGGUGUCGCAACUCACAAGAACUGUACUAGCCUAGAUUUACAAAACACGCAACAGAAGACAUAGUAUA